UUUGUCAUGCUAUAGAAACAAGAUUAGUAAAGGACAGGUAAUGUCUUAAUACUUAUACUCCCUUAAUUCUAAUUUCUAAUUAAUGUGCGUUUAUCGAAUCAUAUUUUUAUGUUAAUUUGCAUAAUAUAAAUGAUGAUUAUUAUUCUCCCCCUUCUUUUCUCCCUCUUAUGAAAGAGUAAGGUGCUUAAACACCUCUUUAGAUUUAGAAUUUAAGUAAAACGAUGCACCACUUUCUUACCUCUUGUCAAGAUGAUAAUUCCACAUUUCUUUUGUUUGUUAGUUCUCAUUGUCGUACAUGUUCCACUGCAGUGUGUGUUACCUGUCAUGUUGUCGUUAACAAAGCAGUAAAGGUACGUCACUGUUAAAAAUUUAUUUUGUCAAAUAAUAAGUUAGUAAAUAGUUAAAUCCUGCUAUUACAUCAUCCAUUUGAAAAUCAUGUUAUGUUUUAUAAAAACAAUGAAUGAGUUUUAUCAGUAAUGUAGAGCGGACUGUAAGAAAGGGAGUUAAAUUUUCUUCUUUUGGCAAACGAUCUUUGUAACUGUUGGCCAUUACUCCAUUAAACUUAACAGACUCAAUCACGAAACAUCUGGUGUUGACAUACAAAUGUUAAGAGACAAAAGUUCAAUGUCUUUAUACUGAACAUAAUUGAUCGCUGUAAUGUCUUGUGGUAAGAUUCAUGCAACUGCAUCAGUAUGGCUCCAGUUUUAAGUGCACUCACAGGAACUGAGGCAUACUUACUAUUAUAGAAUUUCUAUUGCAAUUUGUCUGUUUCACAAAAAAUCAUUUUGCCAAUAUGUGUGUCAAAAAAUUUGCUUGCCCACAUUUUAGAGGGCCUUUGAAAAAGUGGUCACUUGACUGAGCAUUGAUCUACUGUCAGUAGUCCUUUAUCAUUCUGCUAGGUAUGUACAAGAUGUCUCUUAAAACAAAAAGAAGAUGAAAUGAACACCCAGAAGGCUCUGUCAGCUAUAGAAGAGGCUAGAACAGGAAGAGGUGUGUUAAAUUUACCCAUCAGAGAUAUUAAUAUAUGAUAUUGUUGAUUACUUUAAAAAAUCAAGCAGUCUGACAAAUAGCUAAAUGAAAUAAAUAUAAAAUCAAUAAAUACCAGUGUAUAAAGAUGCCCCAAGGUCCUUGUUUUCCUAACUCUGACACUGAGAGACUUGUUGAUGGUGAUAAUGAUAAUGAUGAUGAUGAUAGUGAUGAUGAUGACAUAAAUUUGUAUCAACAGAAAAUUAUGUUGGAUGGCAAACUUGUUUUCUGAAGUGUUACACUGUCUCCUAGCAUUGCCAAACUGGUAACUGUCCAUCAGAAAUCAGUUAGGAGAAAGAGGAAACUGAGAAUCAAACUAGGAUGAAACCACAGUAAAUUUCAUUUUAAACUACAUCAUAACAGGACAUGGAAAUGAAAAGGUCUUUAUUGAAAUGACAUUUUCUUUCAUCUUUAGCAAAUUCAACAUCAUCUGCAACAUCUGAUGCAUUCGUUGUGGUGUCAAGUUUGUCUAGUUUAAAUCCUGAACAAAGGAAAAGGGCUUUGUUUGAAGCUGCUAAAACAGGUAAUAAUAUGCUUAUCACUAAUCUAAUAUCAAAAGACUGCCGAAAACUAACCAAGUCAAAAACUAGCAAGUCAUACAUGUGUACUUCAACAGUAAAGCCCCUUGUACAUGUACUUCAAAUCUUUCUCACAGUGCUGAUGAGCUCGAGCUGUACAAUAAUCUGUGAUGUAUGGUUUCUGCACAUUUUUGCCUACAGAUGUGUUUUUGCUAUUCUUUUAUAAUGGUAACUUUUUAACAGGAUGUGAUUAAUUUAUGACAGAAACUCAUAACUUAUGAGUUUCUGUUUAUGACAAAUUUAUGACUCAAUAUUUUCCCAACUGAGUGAUGACUCUGAAUGCAUGUAGUACCACAAUGCAUUUUAAUCAUUUAGAAAAUAAUUAGUUAGUCAAAGUAUAUUAAUUUUGAUGUAUUUAAUAUCAGUAAAAAUGAGUUGCUGUAUUUCCAGGAGACCAUUAUUCCAUGGUUACUUUACUGAAUCAUGAGAAUGUUGACAUCAAUAUUAGAGGUAAUAAUUUAAUUUUAAAUAUGAACAAACCCACUUUGAAUUAUUUCUUCUAUACUGGUAAAUAAAGAUUCACAGGCAAAGUAAAUUUUUUUUGUUUCUUUCUCAUAAGAGUGUUUGAUCCUACAUUUGAAUGAAAUCACAGUGAAUAUUAUUUUGUUAUUUCUUUUUGUAGAUGAGGACAAGAACACUCCUCUCUUUUUUGCUGCAGAAGGUGGCCAUCUCCCUUGUGUGGCUCUCUUAAUGGUCACUAAUUUUGGUCUCAAUUUGUCCCUAAUAAUUUAACAACCUUGAGAAAGUUUGUAAACUUUCCAUUAGAAUUUUGGCCCAGUGUCUUAAUUGUUACAGUCAUCAUUCUACAGUGUGUUCAUUAGGCAAAGGAGAUCAGAGAAUUCUCUGUUUACUAUGCAGAAUUCUCUGGCUAAUGUUUGAUAGCCUAUAGGACUAUUUUUUAUUCUGAUGCAGAGUGUCUUUCACAAUACUCUCCUGUAACAUUACACCUUCCUCCUGCUACUAAAUUCUUAAUGAAAACCCUGAUUCUAUAUAUAAUAAUUAUAUAAUCAAUUUCUAUUGUAUAAUAUGUUUGAAAAUUAAAGGGAGAUGUAGCAGAUUAGCAGACACCUUGUAGGGCCUUGUUGCAUGCACCUCUUCAAUUGUAAAGCCAGGACAGAGUCUCAUGAUUGGAAGCUUUUUGAACCCAAACUUAAAAUCUUGCAAGUGAAUAUUUUUGGUGCUUUCUUCCAUCUUGAAUUAAGCACAUUUUGCUACAAAGUCUGGCAUUUUUCAGUACCGGUCUGCAUAGUAAGUUAAAUCCAAACUGCAGGAUUCUUUGACUAGGCUAAUAUCCAUACAGAAUGAUACUGAAAUAAUAGUGAUGGUGAUGAUGAUGAUAAUUAAUUGAAGGGUAUUUAACCUUCUGCCAAUAAUUUCCUGGUCCUCGUAUCUCUAACAGAAAGUGUGGCAUGUCAUUCUGACUCUUGAAAUACACACGUCAUAAUAUUUCUCUGUACGCGACAGUUUUCAGGGUUAACCCAUGUAUAUCAGCCCUGUAAACUACGUUGUAGCUACGUAAAUUAAAUCCCUUCUUAUUUACUUAUUUUAUUUAAAAUUCAACAGGAACGAAAUGCAGAUGUGACAGCAGUGAACAAUGUAAGUUUAUGGAAUGUUACAUACUAGAAAUGAGUAAAUGAAUAUCAAGACUACUACUUAUUAUAAUAUUUCUUUUGUUGUCCAAUCUAGAAAUCUUGGACCCCUCUUCAUGCCCUUGCAUGGUAAGUUUACAUAACUAUGGUUAAAAAACAUGUUAUACAAAUUUUUUAUGAAAUCCUAUUAAAUCAAGGCUUGUGGGGUGUAUUAUUAAGCAGACUGUUCAGUCUAGAAAUUGGUAAAAGUGGGUCAUACAUCCCACGUGGCAUUUUAAAUUGGAUUAAUUUCAAAAAUGGUCUGGUCCAAACUAUGAACAACUAUCAUGAGCUUCACCAUCUUAAUUAUCCAGCUCAUCUUCAUUCUUUUCAGGUUCAACUGUCAUUCUCUUAAAUUGCGUAAAUAAAUGAACUUAGCUUUUGCUGUUGUUUCAUAAUGAAUAAAGAAAAAGCACAAAUUAACGAAACGAAGCGUGUGUUGAUUGGCAAAGCAACAACUAUGCAGAACAUGGACAUGUACACUCCAGUCUCUUUCUGUACCGCAUGGAAGGCCUGGCACAAAAACUACUCAUAAACACAUAGUCUGAAAUAACAGUCAUCUUGUGCUCUUAUUUAAGGCUAGUAAUCACACUUUUUUUAUUUUUAAUAUUGACUGCUGCUUUUGAAGUACUUGUAUAUUAGGUAACCUUUUUUGCAUCAGUAUGCCUCCAUGAUAAUUUCAUUUUGUGUCAGAAUAGAAUAUUGAAUAUUCCACGUCAAUGAGGCAAAAACGCGGUCUAGAUUUUAAUUUUUGAUUAAGCAGCUAUGUAUUACUGAUAUUAUGUGAUUGAUCUGUAGGAAAGGAUCAAGUGAAAGUCAUGUGGAGUGUGGUGAACUUCUCAUACAGGUACUACUGACAAAACGGAAGGUAAGAUUUUCUGGAAAGUGAGAAUAUAAUAUUGUUCUGGAAAGUAAUAAUAAUGCGGUUAGAAAGCCUUACAAAAUUCAAAAAGGUUAACUAAAAGUUGCCUUAAUUUACAACCAAACAGAUCAAAAUUUUGUGGUGUCACUUAAAAUGCAUUUGUACAGCUUUAAAAGAACUGUAGGUAGUCUAAAAGAUGUUUUCAUAGCACUUUUUUGAAGAAGAAAUCUGCGUUUGGUUGCCCCCGUUUUCUCACUUUGAUGUUUUGCCUAGACACAGUUAAUUCACCAUACAUUAUAAUACUACAGUGUAAUGUGCAGGGAAGACCUUUACUUGCUGAAAUGGUAUCCACUUGUUACAAAUCAUGUUAUACCGUUUGAAGGUUUGCUGCUUUUUGUUUCUGGAGACAAUGGAUGAAUGUGAUCAUUAAUAUGAGCAAUUUACAAAGGAAAUAUUCCGAAACGGCUUGUCUCAUGAUUUAAAAUUAACCAAGAUGCAAAUAAGGUCUACUUGUGAAUAUUGUACCCAAAAGAAUGCACCUCGUAAUAGAUCUGAGUGAUGAUACUGACUUGUCCCCAGUAGUCUUCGCACGUAACGCACGGCGGGAGCAGGGGAUGAUGGGAAGGGAAAAGAGUGAAAGACGGUCAUCUGUCUGCCUCACUUUCCUCCUUCCCAUCACACCCCACACGCCCUUAGAGAGAGAUAGUGAGAGAUGACUGGAGACAAGUCAUGUGAUGAUAUUGUAUUGGAAGACCGUUGGUGGUUGAAUGGAUCUUGGAAUGUGUAUUUGGCAUCCCCACAGAUUUCUCAGGGACAAGUGACAUUAUCACCAAUUUGCCAAAGGCAUAGUUUGCUUCACAGCCGUUCUUUCUGUCUUCACGCAAUGCUCACUCCCCACAAACGGCUGUUGAGAACCGAACCACAUUCCUUUAGAGAAGUCACCGUACCGUAAACUUGGCGCGAACACCUUCCAGAAAAUGGAAGCUGAAAUGCUGCAUACACUCCAUAAAACGUUUCUACUUAUUACUACUUAGUAGUAUACUGAUAAAUCCUUUUUUGACAACCAAGUAUGUGCGCUCAUGAUUUGCUUCCCUCCCCUCCCCUCCCCCACUUUACUCUCCCUGUUAAGAUGGGUGUUCCAGUGUUUGCCUUGACUGACACAUUAGAGACAGCGGCAGACCUUGCAUCCCGUUCCGGUGGCAAACAGGAGCUGGUUCAACUAUUGAGAGCUGUGGAAGGUAAAACAAACCCACCAUAAUACUUGUUAUGCAAAAUUUCUCUGUGUAAGCUUUUUGAUUAAGUUGAUAACAUUACAGAUCCUUUCUACAAAUAGGCUUUGACUUCCAAAAACUCCUACUUUUAAAACGAGGUUAAGUUGCCAAGACUUGUGGGACUGUUACUUAUGACAUGAAAAAAAUUGGCCAAUAGCGAACGGACCGGCGCGUCCCCAGUAAUGAUCCCGGCAAGGAACAGUUGCGGGACGUAUAGAGCCAUUUUCGUAUGACCUUGAAAUAAAAACGCGCGAACAAAACAGUCUCAGAAACAACAAACGAGCAGAAAUGGAACGAUUUGAUUAGUUUGUCGAACGAAUACAAACGCUCGUGGGUUUUGGUUGGUUAAGCGAACGCUCGGCUGAAAAGACUUCAUGCCCGAAGAACUUUCUAGAAAUCAAUCGAACUUCGCUUUGACGUCAUACUGCAACACUAUUGGCCAAUCGAACAAUGCGUUCUCCAUAUUAAGGCUUUCUUUGGCGGGAAAACGAAGAGUCCAUGUUUUGAUCUUUUCAUCCAUUGGCUGAUAAAACAAAUAACGAACACACCGAAACCAUUUUUCAAGGUCAUACGAAAAUCGCUAUAUCGGCUCCGGUUCCAUUUUCUUUUUGAAAGUGACGAAUAACUUUAUACACUUGAGGAUGUCUGGGACGUUCUUCCCAUCGUAUAUGAAUUCAAACUAUUACUGGGCUGUGACUUACAAGUGCCAUAAAACCUUUUUAAGUUUUAAUUCUGUAUCAAAAAUAAUCUUGCAGUUGAUGUUGCAGUACAGAACUUACAAGAGAGGCUACAAACCCCAACAGGUAAUCUAACUGAUCUUCCAUCUUAUUUGCAAAUUUAAUGGAAUGGAAAGAUUUUUUAAGCUUUUUUUCUGGUUAAGUCGGAUAUGAGGAUUAUGCUGUAAUUAUCAAUCACUUGUAUAAUGUAUGUUUUUCUGUUGCAGGGUUCUCAUCCAAAGACCCAAUGUUAAAGCUGUAUGUGGCUACGAUUGUGAGACACAUUAAUGAAAACGUACCACCCAACAGCCCGAGAUGGAUGGCAAAAGGUUUGUCUUAAGAAGGAUAAAGUAUUCAUUUUGUAACGCGCAUAGCCCAGCACGGAAAAGUCUGAGUCCUGCUACGUACGGAUUGAACACCUUACAUAAAACUGUCUGUAAAUAAUGGUAUACUCAUUAGGCUCGAAAAUCUCGCUGCACACGGUGAACUCAAGGUGCAAUCUCGUUCUCACGGCCUCUCUGGAAGCGUAGUCCCCAGGUAUGAGGUCGCCAAAAUUGAGAAAUCUACCCACUUACGAUGGUGUUUGAAAAUUAAGCAUGCUAAAAUAAACAGUAUUCUGCAAAAUGUUUAUAGAAAUGUGACUGGGCAUUGAUCCCUGUUGUAUUUGUUGUGAAGUUUAUGAUUUUUCAUACAGUUUUUGUUAUUAUAAAACUCAGAUAAUCCGCAAGAAAGACGUAAAUUGUUGAAGACACCAGAACUUUUAAGAAGAGAAGACAAAACUAAGUCCCUUGACUGGGUGAGUUAAAUAUUCCUUGUAUAUUUUAACCUUCACGAAAGUACCAAGACGCAUAAAAUAAUCACUGAAGUGGGAAACUUUAUUUCCGAUUAAGGCGAAACACUGUAGAAACUCAAAAUAGAUCAAAACAAGCAUGACUGUAGCUUCUUUGUCAUUCUCCUGUAGUGUUUAAUUUGAGUCUUAACAUUUCAAUGUAAGGCACAGUUCAAUUACGCAAUUCUUUUCCCCAUGUUUACAUCUCCUUCUUUCCCACCCCCACCCCAUGAGUUUAUGGAGAAUUUGAUAUUAGUUGAUUAAACAACUCGUUAAAAGGGAGAAGCUGUAUUAAUAAUAGUUUUACUUCUGGUGUUAAGAUCCUUAUACUGUAGAAAUUUCUUGAAAUUAUGGUCACAUAUUUUGUUGUCUUUGUUUUCAGAGUCUUCGAAAGCAUAACUCGUACGAGGAGCUUCGGUCCGAAACCCCAGGUGAGAAGCUUAGGGCUGUAGGCACUAUAUGGUGACCUUCUUAUUGGUAAUGGCACUGAACUUUCUUAAGCCGGACAUUAUUCCAAAAGUUCUUCUUGGCUUUCUGUACAAAGAAGAAAAUCAUAUUACUUGUAAAUGACAAAAUCGCAGCAUCUGACAAACAAAUGUGUCUCCCAAGCGUGACAAACAAACGGAGAGAAACUUUGAAAAACUGUUAAGAUGAAACGUUUCAGAAACUCUACGGAAAUACAAUCCCCAAGAAAGGAAACCCAAGACAGUCUUUGAUUUCCGAUUCUGCGCCGUGGAUACCGGAUACUUUCUCAGUAAAUUUCUGAUUGCAGAUUCCAACUGUUAGUUGGGUUCCGGAUUCCUCGAGCUGUAUUCCAAAUUUCAAAGCCUAAAUUCCAAAAAUUCCCGGAUUCCCGAUUCCACAAGCAAACAUAUUUUCGGAUAUUUCCGGAAUCCGUAUUCUCUUAGAUGGGGUGUUUCGAUGUUGCCCAUCCUUGUCUUCUUUUAUAUUUGCUGUGAUAUUUAAACCUUCCUUGAAUGCUUGAUUCUCCUCGCUCAGUUAGGGCCCAAUUUCUACUUUAAUGACACAGCUUUAAGCUAAAUGCUAUCCAAACCAAGUUUGGCUGACCGCUUCAGAGAGGUGUCUGCCUUAUGGACAGUUAAAAUUGCGGAUAGGCAAGUAAAAGUUUAUCAAGCACUGCAGGGACAGGCGCGCACAUGAGCCAUCUACUUUCUCCCUCGUUACUAUUAUCAAAAUAAUUCUCUCUGUAGCUUUCGCCAGUGAUCACCAGCCCCUUGGUAAGACGGGUAUUCAUAUAAAUUUGAGCUCAAUGAUAUUGAAAGACAUCAGAUUAUCUGGUACUGAUUUUCCAUCCCUUUUAUUGUAGUUAAUCGUUUCUUUGGUUCAAGUAGCGGCACUCCAUCAUCUAACAUUCCUACAGCUGAUGUAGAACCUAUCAUCAAACCGGAUUUAUUACCGUGUGUGGUGGCAAACCCUUCAAAACUCCAGGUACUUGAUCCUUUUAAUUCACUGAUCUGCGUAAUCAAGACACAACCACAUUUACGGCAACUUAACCUGGAAAGUCUCAGAAAGUCUUCAAAGAAGGCUUUGCGUAACAUGACUGCGGUCUAAACUAUUUUCAAUCGGCCGAGCCCCAGUAUUUAACCCUACUUACAUAAAUCUGUAAGUGAAAAAAGAGUAUUUACUGGACAAACCUCUUUUACUUGUUGUCUGGUUUAGCUUGGUUUCCAUAAUCAUUGUCUAAGGCUUCCCAAAAUGUGUUCGGGUGGUCGAGAUAAUCACAUGGAAACGGCUCUGAUGCAAUGAGGGACGAGGAUAAAUUCUCACGAUAUUUUAACAGUAUUCCUAUAAGAACCAUUUGGGACAAGAAAAGUGAAUUUGUGGUUUUUUAUAUACAGCCCAUAUUUUCUGAAGCUUCCCUGAUGAAUUGACGCGAACCAUUUAAUUUCCAACUGGAAUUUCCGGUUUCCCGUACAAAUGGUACCCAAGGUCUUUAUAUUUUCCCCCUAUUAUUCAGGAAAAGCUGAUGAAGUGUCAAGCUGAGAAAGAGGACCUUGAACAGCGUUGCAAAAGACUUAUGCAGUCUAUCGCUAGUGCAGCAGAGGUAAGUUAAAGCGGCAGAAGUUUAUUGCUGGUUUAACGCCGUUGUGAUAGUAGUAUCAGAUGUUCUGAUAGUAUUCAGUUCCAAUUCCAAGGGAGACUGUUCGCAGUCUUUUGAGGUAAAGUAUUGUUUUAGCGUUGUUUAGCAUAGAUUCACCAAAUCGAGAUGUAACGAAUGGAACACAAGCCUACCCAAUGGAGGACACAGACCUACCAAAUGAAAAUAGUAACGAACAAGGCACAGACCUACCAAAUGAAAAAAGGAACAAACGGGGCACAGACCUACCAAAUAAAAAUAGUAACGAUUAACGAACGGGACACAGACGUACCAAAUGAAAAUAGAAACGAAAGUGGCACAGGCCUACCAAAUGAAAAUAGAAACGAAAGUGGCACAGGCCUACCAAAUGAAAAUAGAAACGAAAGUGGCACAGACCUACCAAAUGAAAAUAGAAACGAACGUGGCACAGACCUACCAAAUGAAGACGGUACCCUACUGAACCUACCUAAUCUAACAACUAGCGCUAGGGGUGGUUACGGCCAGAGAACUUUACUCCCGUAUCGAUUCUUCUAUUUCCACAUGUACUAGUCCUAUCGGUGAAGUGUUUUUAGAAGGGGUGGUGGCUACGGUUUUUCGUUCUUAUCUUAAAAACAAAAAGAAAAGACAGUCUUCUCAGGUAUUUAGUCAAGACCCUGAGUGGUGAUCCGGUCGACUGCUCCGAAGACUGGCAUCCAAGCAAUUGAUCUGACCAGUCGGCGGUUUUCGUUUAAACGCUUUAUAAGACAUUCUGAUAGAACUGUUGGCCCCAGGAAAGUAUUCACUUUCAUUCUCUCUCUUGUUUUCACUUUCUUUAUCUAGACGCAUGACAAAGAGGUUAUGAGAUUGCAGCAGGAGAUAGAUAUUGCAAGAGAACAGAAAGAUAUCGCCAUUAAACGGGUAACGUACUGACAGAUUUUCAUUGCUACCCAUUUUACUGUCUAUCAUCGUACAAUACUUUACAUGUACCUGAAAAUGUUUUUUUUUUUUUAACU